AUGAAUUUUGGUACUAUUAAUAUCAAAGGGGCAGGAGGGGUAGGGAAAUCAAAGGCCGUCAGAGGUCUGUUAUCAAAAUAUGGCUUAAACUUUGUAGCAAUUCAGGAAACUCAGUUCAGCGAAUUACCAGAAAGAAUAAUAAAAAGGUUUUGGGAUAACACAGUGAUGGAUUACAUCAAAGUGAAUGCAGAUGGGAGAUCAGGGGGGCUGCUAUCGAUGUGGAGUCCAGGGGUAUUCACAAAGGAGUCUGAGGUAUUAUCUCAAAAUUUUAUUUUAGUCAAAGGAAAAGUAACAGGGGAACAAGAGGAUAUGAUUGUGGUGAAUGUAUAUGCGUCGACGGUACAAAGAAAUAGAAGGCAAAUGUGGAAUGAAUUACUAUUACUGAAACAGUCAAUUCAUGGCAGGUGGAUCCUCCUGGGUGACUUCAACGAGGUACGAUUUCCUAAAGAUAGAUUUAACUCACAAUUUGACGUGGGGGGGGGUGCACUAUGUUUUAAUAAUUUCAUCAUGAGUGCGGGUCUACAAGAGUAUAACAUGGGGGAAGGAGAAUUCAUAAUGAGGUGGCCAGAUGCGACUCUACUAGUGCUAAAUAGAGAUGUAUCGGACCACUGUCCUCUAAUACUAACAACAUCGGUGAACAAUUUCGGACCAAUUCCGUUCCGUGUAUUCCACACUUGGAUGGAAGAUCAGGGGUUUGACGAAGCGGUAAAAAGAGGUUUAAACAAAGGGUGUGAUUCAAUCUUUAAGGAUGAGCGCUUGGGCAGAAAGUUUAAAGCAAUAAAGGAUGAAUUAAAGAGCUGGAGAAUCAGUGAAAAGGCGAAAGAGGAAGAAAAACUGGCUACCGCAAAUGAGAACAUACAAAAAAUUGAGACAGAAGCAGAGACAAGAAGUCUGUCGGAGCAGGAAAUAGAAAUGUGGCAAGGGUAA